AAAAAAAGACUGCUGAACGACGACGAGUUAAGUUUGUCAAAUUUCACAUCGGUUUUUCUUUAUUACUUAAAGAAAUUUUUUUCUAGAAUAACUUUAAAAUACAAGAAAAUUUCAUAGAAAAAAUAAAAAACUAAUAAAUAUAACAAUAAUUUCAUUGAAUUAACAAAUAAACAUUAAGAAAAAUACAAGUAUACGUGGUUUAGAGAAAAAAGAAAGCAAAACGAUAAGCGACCGAAAUUUUUUUUAUUAAUAAAACAUGGCGCGUCUAACCUACGUCUACAGAACGGAGGACUUGCAAAGUUAUUUAAACGUCGGCCGGAGACAAUUACCCGUCAAUGCAGGAGAUGAAAAUUUAGUGAUGCUUAUGGAUUUAAAUAGCAAAGGUCUGUGCAUUGAUAGUCCUCAUAUUCGUGGCAAAGAACUGGAAGAAUUUACACGCAAAUUUAAUCUGUUGACAAGUGAGGAAUUACGUACAUCGCUGGAAAUUGAAAGCCAUACAUUUGUAUCAGUACUUAAUCAGUGUGUACAAUGCGUUGGCUGUAGGCGACGUGUUGAACGUUUGUUUUACCAGCUGAUCAUCUCUGGCCAACCAACUCUAGAUCCUUUGGUACUGAAGAAUUCUGGUGUGCUAAGUAUAACAGAAGAGAAAAUGAAAACACCACAAGCCUUGGGAACCCUGCUCUAUCGGCAUCGUGAGAUUUUAAACAAUCUGUUGGAAAGUAAAUUGCGUAAUAAGACACGUUGUGUGUUACAUUCUUUGGAUGCAUUUCGUUCGAAACCAUUUUCGGAGACGUGGCGUGAAGUGUGGUCAUCCAUGAAGCAUAAUUGUCGCGAUGAAUUGGCUGUUAUCGAAACGAAAGAACUGCACGAAGUGCUGGAGAAUUAUUUGAAAAAACACAAGUUUUGCAAUGGUUGCCGUACAAAGAUCGAAAAGGCUUAUAAAAUUUUAGUGGGUGAGACGACAACGAAGGAGAAGGGCUAUGUCGCCGCACUUUAUGCCAAUAUUAAAAAGUGUCAUCCCGACAAGCAUAUUCAUGUUUUCACGAAUAAAAUCGACUUUCUCGACGCUCUUAUUAGGCGCGCCGAACCCGAAGUCAACGGAAGCUAUUCAAAACUGCGUGAACGUCAUGCGAAAACAUUAGAAAUCGCCCAAGAAGAAGUGCUUACAUGUGUCGGAAUGAUUAUGUACGAACGUCUGCGCCGAGUCUACGUUAGUUUACGAGAAGAGGAACGUGCCUGUCAAGUGUUAGCCGCUGUUGGUGUACAUGCCCUUUGUCGCAGUUUUGACAUGUCGGUGGAGAAGAAACAGGGAAUCAGCAACUUAGAACUACUGUAUCAAGAGAUUAGUCGUGCUGAAAAAGCCAAAGAACACAAGCGCGAACAAAAGAAAUUGAAGAAAAAGAAGAAGAAGAAUGAAAAGAAAAUCCAUCGCAUGUGUGAUCAUAACAACGACGCAAAUUCCGAAGGAGUCGACGACGAUGAUCAUGAGCCAGAGCAAGAAGAUGAUGAGGAAUUGCAUGAGAAUGCCGAAUCGACUAAUGGCGAGUCGAAUGACGUGUGUGACGUUGAAGUCGUAGACUUUAAAGGGAAUGUAAAAGAGAAUAAUAGAAAAAAGAAAGCUUUAACUGCUGGCCAGAAAGAUAUUGAGGAAGAUGCAGGCGUUGAAUGUGAUCAUCUCGAAGAAACUCAUGAGGAUGUUGGUGGAGAGGAGGAUGACGACGAUGAUGUUGCUAAUAAACAUCAUUCAUCAUCUCAGCAACAAUCUUCUGUUCAGCAGCAAAAAAAUCAACAGCAGCAGCAACAGAAAAAGAAGAAACAGAAGCAAAAACAGAAACUAAAAACACCACAAAAGAAAAAUGUUACUGCUACCAACAACAACAAAAAGAAGGACAAGUUAAAGUCCAAUUCUUCGGCAGAUGUACAGAACGUUUCUAAAACAACUACAUCUAUUAAUACCACCACCACGAUUACCACUAACAAUACGAUCAUUGCCUCAGCUGUGACCACAGCUAAAUGCAAUGACUGUCAUUCACCUCAGUCAGAUUGUCCAUGUGAAAGUGAUAUUAAAGAUUCGGGCUAUGGCAGCGAACCUCUAUCCCAUGGCAAUUCACGUACAUCUAGUGUUGUCUCCUCACCUGAGGACACUUCAGAGGGUUCGGAAGUUUCUUGUUCGGAUGGCUUUUGUAACCAUGACCAUAGUGGUGGCAGCAGUCUUAUGGCUGAUUUAGAUGAUGAGCAUCACAACCACCACCACCAUCAUCAUUAUGAUGAUAACGAUGAUUUAAAUCAUCAUGAUCAUCAUACUUGUGAUCAGUCGUUUGAAUUGCGCUUUGGCUUGGAUUCAUGUAAUUUCUUCCAUCAACAUCAAAUGAACACGUUGAGUCUACAACAAAUGUUGGACGAUUUCGAUGGUGAUGACGAAGACGAAGAAAACUGUUACAUUCCUCAAGAGGUGGUCUUAGAAUAUCAGUGCCAACGCGAAAAGGUUCAAAAGCAACGUUUGCAACUACGUGAAACUCUGCGUGAAAAUUUCGCUCGCCUUUGUCUCGAAAAACGACGUUUGGCGGCCACAACCAAUAAUAAUAAAAACUAAUAAAACAAUUAAAAUAAAAAAGUGUUUUGGCCAACCAACCGUCGUCCCCUCCAUUUAAACUACUAAUAGGAAUGGAAUGAGACAUGUUUAUGACCAAUAACACUUUUUCUACAGAAAGGAGAAAAUACUUGUGGUGUGUAAGAGCAAAGUAAAGCAGAAAAAGAACAUUAUUAUUACAAUUACUGUACCCUUCCCCUCCCAUCUACAACCACAUCAAUUCAUUCAUACAAAUGGAAAUAUCAAGUGUUUUUUUUUUGGGUAAUGUUAUAAAAAAUUAUAUUUUUUGUUUGCAUAAGAAAAAAUCAUACAUAUUUAUGAA